ACAACUACAGUUUUAUAUAUAAAGAUAACUCAUAUUCUCGAGACAGAAAGAUUUGAGGCUGAAAAUUCAAACCCAGUCAUUGACUUCAGAUUUGCUGUAAAAAUUAGUGAAUUGCGAAGAGAUAAAUUUUAUUCCAAAGGAAGAAAAGAAAAUCCAGAGAAAAAAAAAAUAUUUAACAGAAAGCGAUAAUUUUAUAUUCACAAAAUGGAGAAGAUGAAUGAAGAAAAAAUAUUGGCUCUCGUUCCUUCUGCAGUCUGUGAUACAGCACCGAUUUAUAAGAAAUCUACACAAAUUCUUCCCCAAGUAUUACAUACACAAAACACAGAAAAAUCCGAAGAACAGGAAAUGUCCAUACUACCAAGUUUUCAACAUAUUGUGACAUGUUACCUAGCAAUAAUUAAAACAGAUUACAUUAAUACGUUUAUAGAUUAUGUAAAGGAUAAAUGUAAUCACAUAGAAUCUAUGGGUUUAGAGGGAUCUUGUAUAUUACGUAAUAUCAAACGUAAAAUGCGAAGAUUUCUGAAAUUCACAAAACAACAUAAUGAUUAUGUUCACCAAAACCUUGGCUGGUUUCAACAAAGACUCUUUGACAUUUAUAUCACCUGUAACCCAUACAGCCACAAGACUAUUGAACCACCAAAAGUAACCACAAAAUUUCGGCCUCUUUUGUCAGUUGUGACCAGAGAAGCAAAGUUUGAGGAAUCUGGGGAAAAAUUUGACAAAAACACGAUAUCCAAUAUUGUAGCCAUACAAGACGGAAUUGUUACAUAUUCCCGCCAUUGUAUGACGAUAUGUUGUAUUACAAGAAACGGUGACAGAAACUAUGUUCAUUGCCCAUCUUCUGUCACCGAUUUUACCAGAAUCGGCCAAGACAUAGUUCUAGCCACUCUUCCCUUUCGGAAAAUGAUUCUCAUAAUACAUCCCAUAAGUUUUACGAUUAAAACAAUACAACUGGAAUUAUAUUUAGCUUCUUACUUGGAACAUUCUACACUUAUAGGAGUAGAAAUGUUUAGGAAGGUGAUAUAUCUCGUUAAUUGGGACGAUGACAGCAUUAAACGAAAAAUUAUUACCAAAGAAAUACCUGCAGCUAUUGCUGUAGGUCCAGGGAAAAAUAUUUUGACAUCGUUUUCUAAUAGUAAUGAAGUUGUCUGUUAUAACCCAGAUGGUCAACAGUUAUUUGAAGUAGAGACCCAUUCUAUGGUCCUCCCAACCAAACUUACUUUCUACCAAAGACAUUUUUAUGUCCUCCAGGGGCGUAUUAUUUAUAAGGUCUCAGCUACAGGUGGUAUGAAAAAGAGAGACAUUGGCAGGAAAUGCUGGGAUAUUUCUGUUGGUAAAGAUAUCAUUUUGGUAACAGAUGUUUUCGGCAUUCCUCAUAUAAUUAAAACAAAUAAAGACUUUUGGCCCAGGCUACCAUAUAACCAUCAGCUACGUACCCCCAGUUUGAACAACCACAUUUAUAUUGAGGAUUGUAACAGCAUUACAAAUAUUCUACCUAUGUCAACAUCUUCUAUAUUAAUAAUCUACAGCAAUAAGAAUGCCAUAUUAUUCACUGAUAGUGGAGAAAUAAUUAACCAAAAUAAUUUAACUUUCCUUGAGCUUCCUUCUAUCUUUUGUAGAAUAAACUCUAACAGAUUCCUGGUCUUUUAUCAUGAAAAGAAAGCACUUCAGUAUAUUGCCUGUCCUGAACUAAGGAAAGGCCCUUUAAUAAAGGUCCAUACUGAUUACAUUAAAAUAUGUCAUAUUGUAUCAAAUAAGUGUUUAGCUGUAACCACUAUUGAAAGCAAAAAUGAGAUACAUAUCCUAUUGAUCAAGGAGAAAAAAGUUGAUAUCAUUGAAAGAAUUUCUCUGAAACAUAAUAAUGUCACAAUUGCUGCAACUCCAGUUAAUUUUGCAGUUGUAGACAGAAGGGAACAUAAACUGGUAUUUUAUGCCACAUCUGGUGAAGAACUUUUUGAAAAAUGCCUUCCAUUCUAUGGCGACCCUCAUCACAUCUACUCUGAUAAUGUUUAUUUUUAUGUCCUGUUUAAGAGACAAUCCAUUGUAAUAUGUUACGAUAUAUAUGGAGUAAUUAAAUGGCAAUGGAAGCUACCUCUCCCUGUUCAUCCUCACAUCGCUAUUUUCCAAGGAACAGUUUAUGUACUGGACAUUGAACACAACAGGGUUCUUCUUUACAAGUAUCAAAACCGGUCGUCUGGCUGUUAUUUACACACGAAAAAUCCUUAUAUCAGACAUCUAAAUCUACGACUCAAAGAAAAGGAGAAUGAUAAAAAACUCGUUAUUGCCAAAAUAUGUCAUCUGGCAAAUGGGGAGUUGGUGGUGUCCGACAUAAACAGUGAUUGCUUGUUAUACAUUUCUAAGGGAGGAGACAUUGUGUCUAAAUUAUCUCUGCCGUCUACAUCUACAGAUAUACGUCGAUGGGAUUCUAAUCAAAUAGGUGUCACAUUACCCCUAGAGAAACAAUUAAGGGUCAUAGGAAACCUAUCAAAGACAAUUAGAACUGUAUCACUAAGCCAGCCUUAUGUACUGGUUUGUAAGUUGGGUAAAGGUCAAAUCGUUUGUUAUUGUGACAAGGCAUCUGGUUUCGAUAUUUUAGCCAUUAAAAACUAUAAUCAAGUUGAAAUAAUUCAUAGAAUUAACUUUCCAUUUGUUGGGAAAUCAUUAGCAAUAGAAAAUGAAACACUAAAUCUUUUAAUUGUUACUGGGAAAAAAGCUUUUCGCUACAACACUACGUUCAGUGGUGGUGGUCGUUGUUUUAGCAGCUUUAAGAUGGUCCCCAGUGUUUUAUUGUCCCAAGUGAAAUAUCCCCCAAAUCUCUAUGGUGGAUCUAUUGAUAAAAUGUUUGUUUAUCUGAUAGACAACAGCCGUAUGUUUGCUAUAAACGAUCAUAACUUGUUGGUUAAUGAUCUCGUUACGAAUAAUCAACUCAAUAUUUAUAUCGACAUGGUAGACGUAUUUUCAAGAAACAUUUGUGUCAGUGAAAUGUUGUCUUCUACUAUAUAUCAACAGGAUCUGACAGUUUCUGAUAAAGCUAGACGCGUUCACCUCCCUCAACUAUUUGGAGACGAAAACCCAGUGGAGAUUUAUCGCUUGGUUAUUACCGAAAAUAAUCUGAUUGCCGGAUACGACGAUACGAAUAAAAAUAUUAAGAUAUUCACAUUUGAUGGUCAACUUCUGGAUUCUAUCAAAAUGGAUGCUAAUUACGACAUCAAAAUGUGUCGAGGGCAGUCAAACACCCUGGUUAUUAUGAUGAAGAAUUAUGAAUACCAACUGGUGGUGUUAAAAGUGGAAUUUCCAUUGUCAUUGGUGGUUUACCAGACGAGAAAUAAAUAUGAUUGUGUUGCUUCUUUAUCAAACAAUCAACUAGUGUGUAGUUGUUGGAAUGAUAAACGUAGUUUGUAUGUCGUUGAUGUGGAUGAAAUACAUUCGACAGUAAAUGAAACAUUGUUAACGAAAGGCAAACAGGAUUAUAGAAAUUAUAUUACUAAGAUCCAGUAUAUUAAAGUUACUGCUGACAAUGUCAUCAUUGCCUUGGACAAACAUUUCAUCAUUUUCUUCAACAGUGAUGGUCAACAUUUACAUUCAUUUAGACACUACAUGGAGUUCCAUGCUUGCGAUGACAACAUAACAACUGAUGAUAGUUAUUUGUACACUUAUGGCCAGUGGGAUAAAUAUCAUUCUUUAACUGAAUAUAAAAACAUUGUGUGUUUGACACAGACUGGGGAAUAUAGCAGAGUAUUUUUAAAUCAAAGGAUUUACAAAGAAAAACUAUUUUUCCCCACUAUAAACUGUAAAGGACCAAGGUUUGUUGGAAGCCGUUGUGAGAAGAAUGAAUUAUAUGUUGAAGGAUAUUUCAUGAUUAAUCGAGAAAAAAUCCCCAUUUCUCGUUUACUAACAGACAAAUGUCCCGUUCAAGUAAAAGAUAUUGAUAUCUCUGAUGAAGGAAAGACAGUUGUGUGUGAACAAGCCAAUAAUGGCAAUGUUAAAAUAUUUGAUAAAGACGGGAAGUUGCUAUGUUACAGAAAUGUCGCAAGUUUAGUAGGUGGUGUGUGUUUUACACAAGAAUCACACAUAAUGGCCACGGUUCCUAAAAGAAAAGAGAUAUUUCAACUACAGGAACAAGAUUUAGAGAAAAAUAAAGGUUGGCCAAGUCAAGUACCUUAUGGUAUCUUAUCUAACCGCAAUUGGCGAAUAUGUUUAUAUAACGGAUUCAGAAAACAAUAUUUACCAAAUUCCUGCACUUACCAAACAGCAAUCAGCUGA